AAAAAGCGUUGUUUUUUUCUGUGGUUCGAAUAAAACGCGUGCCGGUUUCUAGAAAAAGAUAAAAAAUACAGGAAAUAAUUAAAUUUUUGUUAAACUAAAAUCUAUUUCACAAUAUUUAAACAAUGGCCGAUGCUUUGGAAUACGAUAUCUCUGCAGAAGUCAGAGGAGUAAUGACUCCCGGUCGUCUGAAGAUGUCAGAUCAACAAAUUGUUUUUAAGAAUAACAAAACGGGUAAAGUAGAGCAGAUAGCUGCCGAUGAUAUAGACCUGAUUAACUCCCAGAAGUUUGUGGGCACUUGGGGUUUGAGAAUCUUUACCAAGAAUGGCAAUCUACAUCGUUUUGUAGGCUUCAAGGACAGUGAAAAUGAAAAGCUGGGCAAGUUUAUUAAGAAAACCUACAAACAGGAUUUGGUGGAAAAGGAAAUGUGUGUCAAGGGUUGGAAUUGGGGUACGGCCAAGUUUCAGGGCUCCGUACUAAGUUUCGACAAAGACACCAAGACAAUAUUUGAGGUGCCCUUGUCACAUGUGUCGCAGUGUAUGACUGGCAAAAAUGAGGUCACUUUGGAAUUUCAUCAAAAUGAUGAUGCUCCAGUGGGUUUGAUGGAAAUGCGUUUCCAUAUACCCAUAUCGGAGUCGGCCGAGGAUGAUCCUGUGGAAAAAUUCCAAAAUAAUGUUAUGAACAAAGCCUCGGUUAUUUCAGCCUCUGGUGAUGCCAUUGCCAUAUUCCGCGAAAUUCACUGUCUUACGCCCAGAGGUCGUUAUGACAUUAAAGUUUUCUCAACUUUCUUUCAAUUGCACGGUAAAACUUUCGAUUACAAAAUACCCAUGGACUCGGUGUUGCGUUUAUUCUUGUUGCCUCACAAAGAUAAUCGGCAAAUGUUCUUUGUUUUGUCUUUGGAUCCUCCCAUUAAACAGGGUCAAACGCGUUAUCAUUAUUUGGUGUUGCUAUUCAGUCCCGAAGAGGAAACCUCUAUUGAAUUGCCCUUCACAGACGAGGAAUUGAAAGAUAAAUAUGAGGGUAAAUUGGAGAAGGAGAUUUCUGGGCCUUUGUAUGAAGUCAUGGGCAAGGUAAUGAAAGUAUUAAUUGGACGCAAAAUCACUGGACCCGGUAACUUUAUAGGUCACUCUGGUACCGCUGCCGUGGGUUGCUCUUUCAAGGCCGCCGCUGGUUACCUCUAUCCUUUGGAACGUGGUUUUAUUUACAUUCACAAGCCACCCAUUCACAUACGUUUCGAGGAAAUUACCUCGGUCAAUUUUGCUCGUAGUGGUGGUUCAACACGUAGUUUUGAUUUUGAAGUCACUCUCAAAAACGGCACAAUUCACAUUUUCUCCUCCAUUGAAAAGGAAGAAUAUUCCAAAUUGUAUGAUUUUAUUAGCCAAAAGAAACUGCAUGUUAGCAAUACGGGCAAAGAUAAUAAGGGCGGCUACAAAGAUGUCGAUUUCGGUGAUUCGGACAAUGAAAAUGAACCCGAUGCCUAUUUGGCUAGAGUACAGGCUGAGGCCCGUGAAAAAGAAUCCGAUGAUGAUGAUGAAGGUUCAGAGGAAGAAUCGACCGAUGAAGAUUUCAAUCCCACCGGUGAUGUCUCCGAUGUGGCUGAGGAAUAUGAUUCAAAUGCUCAAAGUGAUUCGGAUGAUUCAGAUGCCAGUGGCAAGGGUAGUGGUGAUGAGGGCGGCGGUGAAAAGAAACCUAAGAAGGAGAAGAAAGCGAAAAAGGAAAAGGUGGAGAGGAAAUCAAAAUCGAAAAAAUCUAACAAAAAGAAAGAUGUCAACAGACCCAAACGUGCCACCACCGCCUUCAUGCUGUGGCUUAAUGACACCCGCGAACAGAUUAAAAAAGACAAUCCUGGUAUAAAAAUUACUGAAAUCGCUAAAAAGGGUGGUGAAAUGUGGAGGGAAUUAAAGGAUAAAUCGAAAUGGGAUGAAAAGGCCGCCAAGGAUAAACAAAGAUAUUUGGACGAAAUGAAAGACUACAAACCGGCAGCCGAUGACAGUGAUGAUGAGGAGAAGGACAACAGCAAGAGUAAAUCGGCGCCCAAAAAACGUAAAAAGGAAUCACCCACCAAAAAGGCAGCUAAUACCUCAGGAUCAUUUAUAUCGAAGGAAUACAUAUCAGAUGAUGAUUCCUCGUCCUCAGAGGAAAGCAAGAAAAAGAAAGAUAAAGCGGAGGCUGGCGAUUCAGAGCCCGAAAAGAAGAAGAGUAAAAGCGAUAAGGAUAAAUCCAAGGAUGAUAAGUCUAAAACCGAUAAGAAAAAGAAGAAAGCAGCCAGUGAGGAUGAAGACGAUGAAGAGGAAGGUACUGCUUCAGAAGAAGCAGAAUCUGAGGAGGAAGAAGGCAGUGAUUGAAUACCAUCCUCUCUAUCAUUCAUAUGUCGUAUUUAAUGUUAUUAUAAAUUCUAUGUUAAUAUAGUCAUUUAAGUCUGUCGGAUUUUUUUCUUGAUGAAAAUUAUUACUCACACACUAAUUUCCAUACCGCUUGAAAAUAGAUGCUUUGAUUAUUUUUUAUUUUUUUUUGUAAACUACAAAAUAAAUGUUUUUUUUCUCUUGGCAAUUCCUUGGAAAUUGUUGUGAAAUUAAUAAAUACAUUAGCGAUCAA